AUGGUGAAGGCAUACUUGCGUUACGUCCACGAAGAGGCCUUCGGCCUCCUCUCCUCUCCGCAUGCAAAUGUGGCGUUCUUCUCUCCGGCGGGGUCUCCCGGCCGGCCUUCGGCGUAUGUGCUGACUUGCGCGGGGGCGUCGGUGACCCUCUGGAACUCCGUUCGCCAGUGCCCACUCGUCUCCUUCUCGCCUCCUUCUUCUCACGGCUCUUCCUACCAUCACGCUGUCCGCCUCGCGCUCUCUGAGAGCCGGUCUCACCUCGCUGUCGGCUACAGCGACGGCAGCGUGCGGGUCUGGGCGACGCCGACGGCUGCGGACCUCUCUCAGCUCGCUGCUUCGGCUCUGCCCUCGAGCGUCUCCUCAGGGACGCACCUGCUUUCUCCGCCCCCCGCGCUCACUCUCCAGGGCCACCGCAGCGCUAUCACUGCGCUCUGUUGGAGCGCUGGCGAGGACCAGACGUCCUUUCCCGAGUCGCCGCGCGCCGCGCCCGGUGCCGCGGUCGAUCACCUCCUCAUCUCCGGCUCUGCAGACGGAGACGUCAUCGUCUGGGACUGCGUCGCGGGCGCUGGCCUCCACAGACUGCAUGCUCACGCCGGGCAAGUCACCCAAGUCCUUGCCCUCAAGAGACCGAGGGCGGCGCUCGCGAGCGAGACGAGCUGGCAGUGCCGAAGAGACACGGCUGAGGACAUGCGUCGCGCGGAGGAGGCGCAGGCGGCGGCCCCGCAGACGGUGCGUGGAAAGCGAAAGGUGGAGGAUGGGCGUGGCUCUGCGUCGGCGCGCGUCGCUGCCUCGCGCGCCCUCGAUGGUCCUGGAAGCACCCGCGCAAGUCGAACUCUCCCCGGCGCUGGCCUGCUUCUUGUCUCCGCAGGGAAAGACGGACUCGUCAAAAUCUGGGACGCCGACCUCGAGCUCUGUCUGCAGAGCCUCGUCGACACGGUGCCGGGCGCAUCCAAAGCCAAAGAGGUGUGGAGUCUCGCAGUCAAUCCGCAACAGACACGCCUCGUCGUAGGAUGCAGCGACCAGCUUCUUCGCGUCUACGCACUGUACGGACUGUCAGCGUCCAGGCGGAGCGUCUCGGGGAGAGGCCCCGGGACCGGGAACGAGGGAGAAAACGCGCCAGAAGGCGAGGGUGCAGACGACGCGCUCGCCGCAAACGAAGGCGGAGAAGACGCAGAACUUCACAUCGACCCACACACCGGUCUCCGUUGCUUCGCCAGGUUCCUGGGGGUUCUGCCUCGACCUGCUGGUGGCCAGAAAAAGACGACUUGUCUCAAGUUUGCCUGUUGGUCAGUGCGUGGCGGCCGGCGAGGGCGCGAGAAGACAGGCCAGGAGGACGGAGAGGAAGAAGCUGAAGAAGAGGGCGUCCUCAUUGUGGGGAGCGGCAACAGUCGGAGCGUCGAGGUGUUCAAAGUCUGUGGCGAGUCGGAGCGAAGAAAGCGGAUGAAGAGGCGACGGAAACGCAACGAAGAGAAGAAGAAGAAACGCGAAGAGAAGUCGCGAGACGCCAGAAACACUCACCUCCGCUUCGACGAAGAAGAGGGAGAAAAGGAAGAAGAAAGGGAAGAUGACAUCGCGGCGCGCGUCACAGACGAAUUUGUGUUCCUCUCCCGCCUCCACACUGCCAGCGUCGUCAAAACCUUCCACGUGCGAGCUGUCUGUACAUCGCAGAAGGCGGCUGCGGACAAGAGCACAAAGGGCCAGGCUCCUGAGGUGCAGGUAGUUCUCGGCCUCGCCGACAACGCGUUUGAGAUGUGGAGAGUGGACGUCCAGCAAUUAUCCAAUCGCCUUUCUCAGAAGACACCUGAGAGCGAGACGCAGGGAGACAAAGACGACGCAUGCUUCAAACAACUCUGCCGCGUGGCUUCAGGAGGCCACCGAGGCACCGUGCGCCAGUUGGCGGUUAGCCACGACAGCGCAUAUCUUCUCUCGAUUGCGGACGAGGGAUUCAAAGUGUGGACGACACACACGCGACAGUGCGUGAAGAGCGUAUCCAUCGACCUGCCCCUCUGUGGCUUCUUCGUCGCAGGAAACGACUACGUUGUCCUCGGCACCAAGGCCGGAGACCUGCUUCUCUUCGACGUCGGCGCAUGCGCUGUGCGCCAGCGCCUCGAACAUGCACACGGUGGAGCAGUCAACGCCCUCGCAGAACAUCCAAAGCACACUGGGUUUGCGUCCGUCUCUGCGGACAAGAGCGUGAAGUUGUUUGUGUUUCACUUGAGCGACAGCGGGUCGCCUCAAAAGAAGGAAGACUCAGGCAACGUCCAGUUCCGCCAAGUCGGGAGCCUUCCACUGCCGGACCAGGGGCUGGACGUCCGCUACUCGAUGGACGGGAAGUUCCUGAUUUGUGCGUUGCUGGACAUGACUGUCCUCGUCUUUUAUUCGGACACAUGCAAGCUCUUCCUGUCGCUGUACGGGCACCAGCUCCCCGUGCUCACCCUCGCUGUCUCCUCAGACAGCACGCGCCUCGCGACCGGCAGCGCCGACAAAACUGUCAAAAUCUGGGGCCUCGACUUUGGAAACAUUCAACAGAGUCUCCUCGCGCACGACGACGCCGUGACUCAAGUGCUCUUUCUCUUCGGGACGCACUAUCUGUUGAGCGCCUCUUCAGACGCUUCCUUGAAGCUCUGGGAUGUCGACCGACAGUCUUGCCUCGUCGCGAUUCUCCCCUCAGCGUCGAACUCGCCCUUGCGCUGUCUGGCGGCUAGCCAAGACGGAGACAGAGUGUUUGUGGCCGACGCGAGUCGCCUGCUGCAGUGUUGGCGGCGCACAAGUGAACAACUGUUUGCGGAGGAAGAGGAGGAGAGAAGGUGGGAAGAGAGCGCAGAAAGAGAGGCCCUCAGAGAAGACGGAGUCCUCGUCAGCACGGCCACCAGUGCAGCUGUCGUCAUGGACAGAACGAGUAAACGCACGAUGGAGACAGUGCGAACCACGGAGAGACUCAUGGAAGUUCUGGAUGAAGCGCGGGAGCAGCAGGAAGCAGACGAGGCGUACGCAGCCGCGCUGCUUGCAUGGGAGAAGAGACGAAGUGACCUGGCGCAGAAACAGGGUCUGAAGCGACCUUUGAAGGGAGACAGAUUCUCUUUCGACCAAGACAGGGAGGAAAGGGCGAUAGAAGGACUCCCCCCGCGUCCCGCUCCGCCUCCUCAGAAAGUGGAGUUAAUGGGGAAAAGUGCAAUGGAACACGUACUGCGGGCUAUCGCGACAUGGAAGGCAGGCAGCACUUUCGAGGUGCUUGUGGCUCUUCCCUUCGACUACGCCUACAGACUUCUCGAAUUCUUGGUUGCACAUCUUUCUCUGCUACAUGUUUUGACGACAAGCGACAAGGCGAGAGAGACAGAGACAUCAACAUUGUCUUCGGCCUUUUCGCAAGAAAAGGAAGCGCAUGCAGAGGGUCAGGACACAGGGCAAUCGACAGACGCGAUUUUGUGUCUCUGCCCCAUUGAAAGCGUCGCUCGCGUCGCUCUCAUUCUUGUUCAGCUGCAUUUCAGGCUGUUCCUCGCCUCGCCCAAACAGCGACAAAUCCUUGCUCGCCUCCAGGCAUGCCUGCGUCCGCUCCUCGUCCGGGAGAGGGAUCGCAUGCGUUUCAACAAUGCGGCGUUGACUUUUCUCCAGAGAAAAAUGGAGCAGGAGCGAUUCCAGGCCCUCCCGGAUGCGAAGGUACCGGGUUCAAAGCGGCAGAAAACUACUGUCUGAACUCCUGCGGCAGAAAAGUCCACAAACAAACGUGGAAAUAGAAGCAGCAGCCCACGCCGAAAUCCGGAAAACCAGGCGGGAACGCGGACGCCA